GCCAAGCGACUUUCAACUCCUGCUUCCUGUCAUAUCCUCUUAGUUGGCGUUCCAAGUUUAUGAGUGUAGCCUGUGCUUUGGCUGGUUCUUUCAACCUGCUGGACUUUUUUUUUUUUCCUCUUUAAAGUUAAAGCGAAAAAAACCCCCAGAAAACCUGCCACAGCGAGCAGACAGUCGAAGAAGACUUCAGUGGGACGGGAAUCCCACGGCGCGCAGUCACCAUAUAGGGAAGCUUCUCCUGCUGGGGUUUCUUAUCCGAGUUCUUGUUCCACAGGUGGAAAGUGUUUUCCUAGCAUGAAACAGGCUUGGGACAAGAACAUUUUUGAGAAUGGGCAAAGUAAACAGCAGGGAACGGGCCCGAUGGACUCGGCACCUUCAUUCGAGCACCUCCAGAGUACUGGUUCAGGAGAUAAGUUUGAUAAGAAGGUGCUUCCUGCUGGUGGAGCCCUAAGUGGGGCUGGUCAAAAUCUGCUGCUUACUCCGGCCAGUUUGCAGUUGGCCCAGCUCCAGGCUCAGCUCACCCUGCAGCGCCUCAAGCUCGCCCAGAGCAGCAACACUGCUGCUGCUGCAACAGUCCUCAAUCAAGUCCUCUCCAAUGUGGCCAUGUCCCAGCCACUAUUUAACCAGCUUAGGGGCUCCAGCAUGCCCCAGGCUCCAGGAACAGGCUUUCCUUCCGCACCCAUAACAUUUCCCCCUCCUACCACCCUAGGCACCCUGGUAGGGGGUGCGUUCACCCAGAACCAUGCUGGGAUCCGAAUGAAUCACUAUGGAGGAGGUGGAAACAUGAACCAGAAUGCCAACCCGCAUGGGGAAUGUGGGAAUAAGGCCAGCAAAUUUCAGGCAGGGUUUCUGGGAGGAACCACAGCAGGGACCAGUAAAGCAGGUGAAGGAGGACAGUAUGGAGGCACUGGUGGUCCCAAAACCAACAGCCAGAACAACUACCAGAGAGACUUCUACUCUUCUGAGAGUCAAAUCCAGGACUCUGGCCAUACAGAACAAUGGAAAAACCCCACCAGCUUUCCCAUCUCAGGUAAACAGGAUGUAGGAAUGGGUGUCGGGGGCAGUACAUGGGCACCAUCCACACAUGGAUUUAUUGGUCCACGAGCAGAACUGUACAAUCCAGAGGAGCCCACUGGUGACCCCAAGUUCAACCCAGCAGGAGGCCUUGGUUUUAGCACUGCUGGUGCUCAGCAGGGGUUUGUGGGAUACCCACAGAAACAGAAGGGUGAGGAGGGGAUGGGCAUGACACUACAAGCCCACCAGCUGAACGACUAUCAUGGCAUCACACCAUCACACCUACCCCACCAGUGCACCAUUUGUGAAAAGAAGGUUUACAACUUGAAGGAUUGGGACCAGCACGUGAAGGGCAAGUUGCAUAUACAGAAUUGCACGCUGUACACCGAUGGCCCUGCACUUGGAGCCCUGCACUUUCCCGUCACCUCGGAAGGAUGCCUCGGCUCGGCGUUGAGUAACAACACCAUGGCAUACUCAUCCACCGCUGGCCAAGAUGUUUCAACCGGAGGCACCUCUUUUUUACCAACUGCAUCUAUGAAGUCAUUUCCUCUCUCGGGGGCGGGAUUUACCUCACACCAACCGGGGACAAAGCACAGACAAUGCUGCAGUGGUUGUGAACGUGAUUGUGGAGCUUCUUCUUUCUCCCGGCUGCAGUUUGUGCCGCGGAAGCCGGGUCCUGGGCGCGUCGUCCACAUCUGUAACCUCCCCGAGGGCAGCUGCACCGAGAACGAUGUUAUUAACCUGGGCCUGCCCUUCGGCAAAGUCACCAACUACAUCCUCAUGCGCUCCACACACCAGGCUUUCCUGGAGAUGGCGUAUGUGGAGGCGGCCCAGGCCAUGGUGCAGUACUACCAGCUCCAUCCGGCCACCAUCAACGACCAGAAGCUCCUCAUCCGCAUGUCCAAGAGAUACAAGGAGCUGCAGCUCAAGAAACCUGGUAAGGACGUGGAGUCCAUCAUCCAGGACAUCAACUCUCAGAGGGAGAGAGAGGAGCUGCACGAGAUGGACCGGUAUCCCCCGGAACGGGCACGUUCUCGCAGCCCCGUCACCCGCUCCCUGACUCCGCCCUCACACAGCCCCAGCUUCACCUCCUGCAGCUCCACCCACAGCCCCCAGGCGGCACCCUGGAUGAACGGCAUUGGCCCGCGGCGAGGAUCGUGGGACUGGACGUCGCGCGACAGGGACGAGUGGCGGAACGGCGAGGACGACAGGCCCAACGAGCGCAGGAAGCCCUACCUCAAACCAGCAGACGAGCGCAGCAGGGACCGCUAUUUCUCCUCCCACCAUCCCGCCGACGAUUUCUAUAAGAAGGAAAAGCUGCUGCGCGUGUCCCAGCACCAGAGACACGAGGCGAAGUUCAAGAGGAGAGACGGAAGCGGGGAUCGUCACAGGAGCAGACAUUCAGAAUCCGAGCUAACGGAGGACGGGAGAGGCAGGAGGACGAGCAGGAGGCACGAGAGGGAGGAGAGAGAGGCUAACAGUCAGAAAGAAUCUGCAGAGCACCGAGCCAAAGACAGAUCGUCAUCUCCGCACAGCAGCAAACCUACAGAGCCCAGCGAGGGCGAGCGUGACCGAGAGAGUGAGGUGGAGGAGUGUGGAAGUGGGGAGGACACGGAGGGCGAGUGCUGGUACCCUAAGAGCAUGGAGGAGCUGGUGACAGUAGACGAGGUGGGAGAAGAAGACGACUCCAUUGUGGAGCCUGAUCUCCCCGAGCUGCAGGAGGAGGAACGUGAGGAGCAGGAAGAGGAGGAGCGUGAGGAGGAGGAGGCAGAGGAAGAGCCCACGCCGGCAAAGGAGGAGAAACGGGAGUCGGUGUCGGCUCCGGACGCUGGAACGGAAGAAACGUCGAGGUCUAAUCAGACGGAGUGCACUGAAGCUCCGUCCUCUCACAUCUGCCUCUUCCCCAAUCAAGCGUUUAAAAGCGCGCUGGAGGAGGCAGCAGAGCCGUGUGUAUCUCUGACACACACGACAACACACACCGUCGAGACACACACCACCACAACACAAAUCGCGCCCAAGAGUGUGUGUGAGACGGAAAAGGUCACAGACACACACGCGGGCGGUGAGACGGAGAGGACGAGUGAGGCUGAGAAGAAGGAGACGCAGCAUGUGGAGGAGAACCAGAAGAGAGACACAGUUCAGCAGAGCUCACAGCCUGCGAGUUCACCGCAGAGGAUUGGCAUCAAAGCUCCGUCGCCGUCACGAGAGCAGGAGAAGAUCAUCAGCGAGCACAGCAUCCCGCUAGGUGUGGAGUUCAUCGUCCCCAGCACAGGUUUCUACUGCAAACUCUGCAGCCUUUUCUACACCAGCGAGGAGAUGGCCAAGACCACACACUGCCGGAGCACCGUACACUACCGCAACCUGCAGAAGUACCUGUCUCAGCUGGCCGAGGAAAGCCUGCUGCACCUCCGUUCUGACGCAGAGUGAAAAUCACACACAGCCUGAGACUUCAGCAGUGUGAGCACCACUCACUCACUCACUCACUCACUCAGAGCGGAGGAGGAGAACCGGAGCAGGCCAGAGAGAGAGAGAGAGAGAGAGAGAGAGAGAGAGAGAGAGAGAACGUGUGUGAGAGAGAAAUGAUGCUGACCCAUGCAAACGUUCUGCACGUUCUGCAAUCUUAAAGAAAAUGUCACGUUUCCAUCAACCGCUGAAGAAGAGCGACGAGAUGACGUCAUUGAGACGCUGUCCUAGAGCAGCCUUCUGCACAUUUAAAGCAAACUUCAGAAAAUGAUCAAAUUUCCAUCAACCGCUGAAGAAGAGCGACGAGAUGACGUCAUUGAGACGCAGACCGUCACGGAAAGACAGGAGCACGCGCUUUUUACGUCAUCACAUUUUAUCACAUCUGCUCUCCUAUACAGCAAAGUGUUUCUUUUCUUUUUUUAAACAUAAUGGCUUUUUUUAAUUAAAGAGUCAUUUAGUAAUUUUUCUGAUGUUUCUAAAUUGAUAUAAAGACAGUUGGAUGGAAAGACACUGAAACAGACUGAAGCGCUGCAGGGGAAGCACGGCUCACCGAAUAGGGCCUGACUUGAAUGUGUAAAUUGUUAGUGAUACACUAAUUGUGUCUUGAAAGAAGCAGUCCGUUCACCAGAGCGUGCCUUUUCACACUACAUGGGUGUGAGCUGUGCUCUAAAUAACACCACGGGGAAAUAUUAAGGGGAAGUCGGCCAUUUUGGAGCACAGCUCACACCACAAAGUCGGAGUGUACAGAGUAAUAAGGAAAUGUGCUAAUACAUUUGGAGUGAAUAUGGCUAAGGCCUGGUUAGCAUGAUGGCAUUUCCCUUUUUAAGGCGAUGUGUCAAUCAAAGGAAGUAUUAAGUUAUUAUUUUUGAUGCACUGGAUGUCCUCGAAAACUGGAAGACGACGACUGCCUUUCGAAUCAGGACUCCGCACAGUCCUUGUCCUCAGGUCAAUGAGAAAUGACUCAUGUUAAUAAUGCAAGAUAUUUUAUUUAAAAAAAAAAAAUACAAAACAAAACCAGGACUCAACCCUUUUUUUCGUCCUCGCUGUGUAUAACGCUUUUUUGAAAUGUAGUGCCACUUGAACCGGACCAUGUGUGUUGUUUCUCGUGUCUGAGGCGAAUCUGUGUACAGAAUCAAGUGAAGUGUGUGUGCCAGUAGUUUGCAGUAAGGGGGACGGGUUGUGGAAGACCUUUUCUUCCGCAUGUUUUAUACACUAUUAUUAUCAGUGUCCUGCUUUCUGAGACACCUCCGUUUUUUUUUUUUUUGAAAAUGUUACUCAGAUGUUUCGAUGCAAAUUCUUCAAUAAACAUUUGGAGAAAUA